AUGAAAAGCAAGCCAGUAAAACACAAAACUACAAACACUUUUCGUUUUGUACCUUUUGCGGAACGGAUCAAUGCAAUUAAUAUUCGCCAUGCUGCUUUGUAUCAUAUUGAACACAGCUAUGCGAACCAACCUGGAGAAAAUGAUACACACUUCCACUUGGCCAUACAAAAAUGGCAUGCCCUUAACUUAACUGAAAACUUCAAGAAAUUUAAAAAAGAAGUAUUUGGUAUUGUUACUACACCUCAGUUGAUUCACAAGAAAGAUGAAGUUUUGAAUUUGUUGGAGAAAUACUUAACUUUAGAGGACCCCCUGUGUCUUCAGCCCUUAUUGGAAAUCCUAGUAUCCAUAGCAAAGGAUUUGAGAAAUGAAUUUUACCCAUAUUUUCCAAAAUUCUUAGAUAUUCUUAUUAAAUUAUUGGACACCAAAGAUGCAGAGAGACUUGAAUGGACUCUAAUUUGCUUAGCAUUUUUAUUUAAAGUGUUAAAGCCACAUUUAAAGAAAGAUAUCAGUGUGGUUUUAAAUAAAAUAAUUCCUUUGCUGAGUGAAACAAAACCACAGUACAUUAACAAUUUUGCAGCAGAAAGUUUUGCUUUUGUUGCAAGAGACAUCCGGGAUAAAAAAAAGUUUCUUGAUAGUCUACUUAACUAUUUGAAAAUUCAUGAAGAUGCAGUCACUGGGUGCGGUCAUCUGAUAUUCGAAAUAAUUCGGGGUGUAAGCAAUAAAUUCCAUAAUUGCAUUGAAACCUUCCUACCACUGCUAUUGCAAGAGCUUAGAGAAAACAAGGAAAAUCAGGAAAUUCUGUUUAGAGUUCUAACGCAAACUGUAGAAGAUUGUUUGCAAAGUAUAUCUCCUAAAGAGUUCCUUUUCUUUUGGGACAACAUAAUUAAAUACACAGAAGACAUAUCCAAGGAUGAUGGUAACAAAGCUUUAGAAUGUAUACUUCGUUUAUCUGGACAAAUUAUAGAACAUAAUGCUGGGAAAUAUUUAUUAAAUCCUCAGCAAUUUACUGUAAUGCUAGUAAAGGUUAUAUGUGAACAAUCUACAGAGUGUGUUCUUGAGGUGUGUGCUACUAUAGGAGCGCUAUUACUUCUUUCACCAAAUAUUACUCUUUCCCAAGAACAUGCAGGCAUACUUGUCAAAGUAUUACUGCCUUUACCAUUCCCUAACAUACUCAUCAAUUUUGUUCAAAAUAUUAUUGAUUAUUCACAAUUUGAUAUGCACAUCCUUCCACAUUAUUUAAACUUUGUUGUUCAGUCUGGUUUUGAUGUUGAAGCUAUGUCAACUUUAACACAAAUAUGCUUAAAAAAGGCACCAUUGUCUAAAAAUGGCUUAAAGCUCUUUGAGUGGGUUAAAUACCCAAUUGAUUUCGGAAAAGGAUUGCCCCUCUUUAUUCAACACGUGAAAAGCAUAUUUACCGAUGAUAUGGAAAAUAUUGUUGAAGAUCCCGCACAAUUUAUGAAUGUGUUAUUUUGUUUGUCCCAUGUUGAAAAGCUUGAUGUCGAUCUAUGCAUCAAUAUGCUGAGUGAAUUUAUAACCAAGCUAUUAAAUAUCUUAUCAAUGUAUAAUCUGAAGCACAUCAAUGACAAUAAGGUAAAUUAUGAUACUACAGCAUUAUCAAGUUGUGCAAGAAAAGUAAUGUUCAUAUUGGCCGGAGCUUUGGAAUGCGGUAUACAUAUAUCAAGUUGCAAAAGAGUUAAUGAUAUCUGUGAUAUAAAUGUUCUCCUACCUAUAAUAGUUCCAUGUGUGGCUGAUCCUAAUUAUUUAAUUGCUCUGCAUAUACUGGACUUAUAUCUUACUGCAUAUGAGUAUGAAAACAAACUGUCUUAUAGCUUCCUGUCUUUAAUCGACUCAUCUUUACGGAGUAAUGUGUCUUCACCCUACCAUGUUAUACGAUUGCUGACUACACAUAUAUAUAAAUUAUUCGAAAAUGUUGAGGAGCUGAAUAAAACCGUACUGAUAGGUAAUGAUGUGGAAAAGUUUUCAGUAUUCACCAAAUGUUUUACUGUGGAAUUAAUAACUCCAUCUAUACAAGAAUAUAGGACUCAGAUUGCUGCUUUACAAAAAAUGGCAUUUAACAGCACCCAGCAUGAGCUGGCAAAGGGAACCGAUUUCCAUCUAUUUUCCCUUGAUUAUAUGUUAGGAUUUUUGUACAUGAACUUCAAAUUACUUUGGGAACCAGUUGUUGAGUUUAUAGCGGGCUUUGGCAACGCUUUACCAAUUGACGAGUUUUGGCUUGUGUUUUAUAAAGCUUUAGAAAAAUCUUUUAAUAAUGCUAAAUGUAGCGUUAAAGAACUUAAAUAUGAUAACGAAAUCAAUAUGUCAAAUAAACUAAUUAAGGACUUGUAUUUGGAAUAUAAUAAUAUACCAGAAAGACCAGAUUUUUGUAAUUAUAGAAAUCUAAUUCUGAAAAUAAUGACUAAUUGUAUACAGACCUGCGAAGCUAAGAACAGAGAUGUUGUCAUUCUUUUCCUUAAGUUUAUUGAAGAAGAAUAUCGCCGUAACAGUAUCGAUCUUAAUGUCGAUAUAAUGAAACAUGAACGUAAGCAAGCGAUGGAGAUUUCCAAUCAAGAGAUGGAGGUAGACGAUCCAUCAGAAGUACAUUUAGAUGACAUCAAAAUAGCUGAAGACAACCAGAAGGAUUCUGAAUCUGGAAAAGUUAUUUUUAAGACUCUCAUUAAUAUUAUGCAGGUGUUAUCACAGUUCAAAAAUCCAAGAGCCCUUCAUAAGGAACCAGUUCUCUGGGAUCUAUAUAUGGAAUUCCUUAAAAACAAAAAUCCCGGUCUACAAAAAUAUGCCCUGGAUUGUGUUUUGAGUUAUAAAAAUAAAAGUGUCAUCGCCUAUACAACUAACUUGCAAAACCUCGUAGAUGAAAAGAAGUUUAAGGAUGAACUAGCACAGUUUAAAAUCACUGAAGACUCUGAAAGCAUUCAUAAAGAGGAUAGAGAACAUGUUAUACACAUUAUAAUAAAGAUUUUGUAUGGUAAAAUGACUUCUAAAUUAGGGGCAGAUAAAAAAGGAGGAGGCCAAAGCCGACGGGCCUUAGUUAUGAGAUAUCUAAGUGGUUGCAAUGAAACAGAACUAAGAAUGUUUUUGGAUAUGGCAUUUAUACACUUUAAGGAUGACAUUAUUUUAGGACCCCAAGAUAUAUUCCGAAAGUUUUCUGAAAAUAUUAAUCUGAAGUCUUUGACUAGCCCUGGGAAAAUACACAGCCUCCUUAACUUAUUUGACGUUGUAAGGCAAUACUUUGGUGGGUGUAUGAAUGAUAAUUUACUUUCACAUCUUUUUAAAGUAUUCUAUGCUAUUUGUUCAUAUUUCGCUGUAAUACUAGCGCGUGUCGACGAAGUUCAUAUAAGCCACGCCAAAGUAAUGAAGCAUCUGAGGACAGUCGCAUUGUCUAUAUUGGGAAAAUUAUUCGAGCAAUUCGAUAAAUAUCCUUGGAAAAAAGAUGAGUUGAUUGUUAUAUUUAAAACUUUAGUUUGGCCCUUAUUACCAAGGCUGCACAUUGAAGGUAUUCAUAGCCCAACUGUCUUACUUAAACUGAUUAAUAUUUGGUGCUUAAACCCACGUUAUUACGUUUUGCUUAUUACUCAUCCAGAAAAUGAUCCUACAUUGACAGUUUUACCAGAAUUAUUUAAACUUCUCUUGGCACCAAAAACUUCAUCGGGGGUAGUCAAUGUAAUACUAGACAUGGUUGAAAAAUUGUUGACUCUAACUGAAGACGAAGAAGAAAUGGAUGCUCCAGCAAUUGAAUCAUUGAGUACUCUUGAAUUGAAAAGUGAAAGGUUAGAUUUGAAUUUUGGCAGUAAAAUAUUAAUACCUCAUUUACCUAAUAUUUUAGAGGUUAUGAAGAGAAGAAUUGCAAAUGCAUCUAAAUCUAAUACAGUUAAUAAGAGAGACCUUCUUAUUCUUUCUCGAAUAACGGAAAUGGUUACGAGUCCUGACUUGUGUGACGAUAUGCUUAAGUUACUUCUACCAAUCCUUGUCAAAAAAGUUUGCAUGAAUAUGGCUGAAGAAAACAUGGAACAUGCUGUUAAUACCAUCAUGAAUCUAUUAGGUCAUAGCACAUGUCCACAAAAAUAUAUCAAAAAUAUUGCUAUCCUCUUCUAUAGAGUCAGUUUAAUAGAAGUUAGAAAGUUACUUAUUAAAUUAUUAUAUACCAUGGGAGAAAAUGCCUUGACUAAUAAAGAUAUGAUAACAAAAAUAGCAGAUGUUAUAAGUGAAAUGAACGCUUACAAUAAAAGGUGGAUUGAACAACCUGAUUUUGAUAGAAGAUUAGACGCUUACAAAAAAAUAUAUGAAAUGUUAGAUAAUAAUGAUAUUGACGUCGAUCUGGCUAUACUCAUUGUUAAUAAUUGUUUUUAUUUUAUCCGCACUGAAAAAGACAUAGGAUUACGUGAUAGUGCUGGUUUGUGCCUCAAAAGAAUUCUGCCAAAAUUACUCAUGAAGUAUAGAUCAACUAGUGAGGGGCAAUUCUUUGUUAGAGACACGGUUCUUUCGUUGAUAUCUACAGGUAUUCGUGACAAAAAGAAUGAUAUAUUGCGCAAUGAAAGCUUAACAAUUUUAGGUGAAUUAACGCGUGAAUGUCCAGAUGCUGAUGUGGUUUUGUCUGACUUACAACCUUUAGCGAACAAAGAAGAUAUAGAGGUUGAUUUCUUUGAAAAUUCUUGUCACCUUCAAUUACAUAGACGCGUGAGAGCAUUGCUUAAAUUUUGCAAAGUAGCAAAAAAAAUGACCAAAUGUCCCACACCAAGGACGUUAACAAACUUCAUAUUGCCAUUGGCAUCUAUGUACAUAUGUGAUGAUACAUAUUCUGAUAAAAAUACUUUAAUCGAUGCCUGCAUAGAAGUGAUAUCUACUUGCUGUAGACUAUUGCCCUGGUAUCACUACGAAGUAAUCCUAAAGCUUUAUUUGAAUAAAAUAAAGCACUCCACGGAACAUCAGAAACAACUGACUCGGAUAUUGAUUGGUGUUUUGGAUGCUUUUCAUUUUGACUUCUCAAAAGUGAAAAAUAUUGAAUUACCGAAGUCUUUACUAGACAGUAUUAAAAUUGAUAAAAAUGAAAAUAAGGUACAAGUUAUGGAAGACGAAAGUACGUUGAACUCCGAAAAAGAACGAGAUGAAAAAGAUAAAAUAAAAGAAUUAGAUGAGCAUGGAGACGAAAUAACUAUUGAUGGUGGAGUAAAAGGUGAAGAAAUUGAUGAAUUCAAUGAAGAAUUUGAUAUGAAAGACGACGGUGAUAAAGAAGAGGAAGUAGAAACCCAAGAGACUUCAGAUAUUCCAGCCUUCGAAAGAGUAACAAGCGUGUCACCUUCCGUUGCUAAUAGAAUUAUUAAGUCUUUAACAGCUGGAUUAUUGCCGCAACUAAAUAGAUCAAUAGGCAAGCUGACAGAACAUGAGGAGUCGCACAAAGUGAAUCGUCGUCGAAUGGGUCUUGUACGGCAAGAAGAGGAUAUGUUAAGGGUUCCUAUUGCUUUAGCUCUCGUUAAGUUAUUGCAACGAUUGCCAGGAGAUAUGCUCAAGCACCAACUACCUGGAAUUAUAAUAAAACUAUGCUCAUUCUUAAAAUCUCCAUUGAAACAAGUGAGGAUAGCUGCGCGCGAUAUCGUGAAAAAAGUAAUGAUAACAGUUGGUCCAUCAUACAUGAAUGUGCUUUUAGUACAUUUGACCUUACUACUGACUAGAGGCUUCCAAGCGCAUGUACUGGUCGCUACUAUACAUACAGUUCUCGAUGCACUUAAAACCGACUUCAAAUCUGAGGAUAUAGACAAAAAUCUUAAAUACAUCCUUGACGUUUGCAUUAAUGAUCUAUUCGGGCAGCUUUCCGAGGAAAAGGAGGUGGAAAAAUUGCACUACAAAACACCGGAAGCGAAACCUAGUAAAAAAAGUUACGUGACAUUAAUGAUUGUUGCUCAGAAUAUAACGGAGUCGAGCUUGAUCGCUUUGCUGCUACCAUUUAAAGAUGUACUGCAAAAGCAUCAUUCAAAAAAGGUCGUCGUUAAAGUCCAAGAAGCCCUGAUGCAUAUAAGCAGCGGACUGGUUUCAAAUAAAUUUAUCGCCAUCGAAUCUUUGUUCGUAUUUCUCCACGGUGUAGCGUCGGAAAGCAUACCGGAAUUCGUAUUGAGCGUUCCCAAACGGGUGUUGACAGAAGACCAGAGAGAAAGAAUGUUGAGAGCCAAACCUGACUGUUUUAUCAUCGCAGAAACGCCGAAGAGAAACAAAGAGUCUCAAGCGCGUCACGUUAGAACUUCGACUAAAACGAACGCCCACGUUUUAGUUGAGUUCAGUUUGAACAUUCUUUACGUCAUACUGAAGAGAGAGAAGGUCUCAAGAGUGGAUUGCAAAGCAUUUGUAGAUCCGCUCAUACCGUUACUGGUAGAUGCAAUUCAAAGUGAUCAUGUCAAGGUUAUUACAGUGGCCUUGAAGUGCAUAUCUACUUUGUGGACUAUCCGUCUUAGUACGCCAACUCUUGAAGAAAUAGUUGCAAAUAUUGUGAAGACAAUAUUUUCCAUUUUACAUAAAUAUGCGACUUUUGAAAUAAGUAAACAGAAUGAUAAUUAUCACUUAGUUAGGACUGCUUUUAAGGCUGUAACAGUACUUAUACGAAAUGUGAAAUACUACACGUUGGAAGCAGAACAGUUGAAAAUAUUAUUAUUAUACGCUGAGGGUGACUGUCAAAAUGAAGAAAGACAGGCGAAUUCGUUUUCUCUUUUGAAAGCAAUAUUGGAUGCUAAACUUGUGUCUAAUGAGUUACACGAUGUAAUGCAAAUUGUUUCCAAGAUUUGUAUACUAAGCGAGUCCGCGAGGUCAAGGGACGAUGCCAGGGGAAUAUUUCUUACUUAUUUGACAAACUACUCGCCAGGUAAACGAAUGGAGAAAUACAUAGAGUUCUUUUUGGCACAACUCAACUAUGAGCUGCAGCACGGUAGAGAGUCAUCGCUUAAGUUCUUGGACAUGAUUAUUAGUAAACUAAGCCAGGUAUUCCUCGAGAAGCACUGUGAAUACAUGUUGGUGUCUCUUGGAGCGUGUAUGGUGAACGAUAGCGCUGUUGAAUGCCGCCGCGACGCAGCGGGAUGUAUCGAGACCCUUUUAAGACGUGUCAGGCCUACACUCAGAAACACAUUGUUCCAGCUCGUUUUGCGCUUGUUUGAAGAUACGCAGGCUAUACAUUUUGAAUUAGCCGCACAGCUAUGCACGCGUUUUGUAAACGUAGAGGAGAAAAACUUUAAAAACCGCAUCGAUGCCGUCCUCCCAAUACUAAGUGGAAAAAUACUUCUUCUCAGCAACGAUAUAACCGAAGGCCGCUUCGUCAAAAUACGUCUUAAUAACACAGAGAAAACCGACGAAGAGCAACAAAAAGAGAAGGAUCACAGUUUAAUCCAAAUUUUGAAUCUAAUAGACAGAAUAGUGGAACAGUGCCCUACUUCAUUGAAAGAUGAAAAUUUUUAUUCCGAUUAUGAUGACAUAGCGCAGUAUUGCCAGGCCUUGCUGGCGUACCCGCAUGCCUGGGUUAGAUUAAGGGCAGCAAAGAUUUUAGGACACAUUCUCAGUAAUGUGGAUUAUGAAUAUUUACAGGAAUGUAAAAAUGAGACGGAAAGAGGUUUUAUAUACUGUGAUGUAGAGGAUUCGAUACGAAGCCUCGUGUUAGAUUUAUGUGCGCAAUAUACGCCUAAUGUAGGAAAGGAUAUGGCGGACCAGGUGACACAAGUACUGUUUACUAUAUUAAAACUAGUACAUUCGUUAGCGAUGUUCAAAGUAACAAAUAAAAAAGAAGCCGACGAUAUAGACCAAGAUAAAACAGCUAAAGUGAAUAUAAGGUGGAUUUUGUUCAAAUUGAGAAGGGCAAUCAAUGCUGAAGUAGCCAAAGCACCAACAUGCAUGAACAUUAGGAACGCAAUAUUCACAAUGUGGCUUCAUUUUAUUGGGCUUCUUGAGACCGAAGAUUUGAAUAAAAUAAUUGACGUAAUACUGCCGCCGAUAGUUCGAGAAGUAUCUACUGGUGACUCAGCAACGCCGGCGACAAUAGGCAAACAGUUAGCCAGUAGAUUAGGCAAAAAGCUGAGAAGGAAAAUUGGGGAGAUUGAAUAUGGAAAACUAGCUGCUGAAGUACAGACUAAGUUGAAUAUUAAGAGGGCUGAACGGAAAAAGAUUUUAUUACAAGAAAAAGUGAAUAACCCAGAAAAAGCUGCAAAACGAAAACUACAGUUGCGUGAAAAGAAGAAGCAAGCGAAACGAAUCAAAUUAGAUUCGAUGCACGGCAAACGGCCUAAAGGCAAGAAACGGAAAGCAGAAGAUAUCGAUAUAGAGGAACAAUUACUUCGAGAUGACUAA